CUGUAAAUAUCCAGAUUAUAUGGUUGUAAAUAUGUAGGAUAAUUGACUGAUUGAUAGGAGUAGAUUUUUCCUAUUUAGGAGUUUUUUAUUCUGGUUAAAUCCCACAAAUCGUGGGAUUGUAGCUGUUCUCCUAUUUAGGCUUUGUUUCCUAUUUUGUUUGCUAGGGCUCCUCUGUGUAUUAGUCUAUAAAUAUGACAAUGUAAAGAGGUAGUAAAUAUGAAUGAGAAAAAGGAUUUCUCUCCAUCUAAAAUUCCACAUGGUAUCAGAGCUCUAGGCUAGAUUUCUGAAUUCCAAAUUACAGCCUUCAUUGCUGUAUUUUAUUCUCUAGAAAAUUUUUCCUUCGAAUGCAGCCUUCAUAGCUGCACUACUACUCUUGUUUUCUUCCUGACCUUUACUCUCCAAAAAUGUCCAAUUCCGAAAUCACACCGAAAACCACAGAUCCGACCCCUUCUACCAAAAAACCAUUGGAGGAGGUCACCUCAACACACAUGACAGGUGAUCUUCAGAAUAUCAGACCAGCCCUCAUUUUGAAUGAGAAGAACUAUCUCAAGUGGUCACAAUUUGUCAAGACGUAUCUGAAGGGCAAAGGAAAACUCAGCCAUCUGCUUGGGACAGGACCCAAACUAGGAGAUCCUAAUUUCGAUGCGUGGGAUGAAGCUGAUUCCAUGAUUAUGUCAUGGCUAUGGAAUUCCAUGGAACCAGCCAUAAGCGAUACUUGUAUGUUUCUAUCAACAGCAAAAGAGAUCUGGGAUUCUAUCCAACGGACGUACUCAAAGGCUCGUGAUGCAGCCCAAGUGUAUGAAAUUAAGGUGAAAACCAGUGGGACAAAGCAAGGAGAUAAGACUGUUACUGAGUAUGCUAAUUCUCUGCAGAACUUAUGGCAAGAACUCGAUCAUUAUCGAGUACUCCAGAUGCGGUGUCCAGAAGAUGCGGCCAUUCUGAAGAAUCUUAUUGAAAAGGAUCGAGUCUAUGAUUUCUUAGCCGGGCUUAAUUCUGAAUUCGACCAAGUCAGAAUUCAAAUACUUGGCAAGGAGGAAGUGCCAUCAUUGGAGGAAACAAUUUCCUUGAUCCGGGCAGAAGAAAGUCGUCGAUCCGUCAUGCUCGAACCACAAACAGUAGAAGGGUCAGCCUUGACAAUCAAAAAGGUUGAUGAAAAGGGUGACUUGCCAAGGAAAGACAACCGGGACAACUUGUGGUGUGCCUAUUGCAAGAAACCGAGACAUACAAAGGAGCAAUGCUGGAAACUGAAUGACAAACCAACUACUUCAGGCCGAGAAUGGGUGAAUCGGGCAACACAGUCAAGGCCCCGGGUCCACCUAACUGAGCAAGUUAGUCACGAAGAAGUUCAGGAGAAAACAGCCUUCAAUAGUGAAGAAAUUGAGAAAAUAAGAGGUUUGUUAGGGUCUCUUAAUAAACCCUCUGGUGCAUGUUCUCUAGCACUCUCAGGAUCAGGACUCGGAGAGGAGGAUUGGACUUGCUAAGGAACAAAAUGGGCUGUACUACCUUGAGACACCUCUCACUACAAGAAGAAUCAUGAAUACUCUAUCUUCAUCGUUUCUUAGUACUUCAAAUAAAGAAGCUAUU